AGAGCAGCAUCAACAAUCACAAUGAGCUUGAACCUGCCAUCGCGGCGAGUUGUGAGGCAGGUAGCAACCACUGCUCUCUCGUCGAAUCCAUCCCUCCCCUUCCUCUUACCAUGUAUCCAACGACGAACAGCAUGGAUGCUGAAGAAUAAAGGCACCGACGUUGAUCCCAAGGCGAAGCCUCAGAAUCCCUUGACAGAAGAAUUCUUGAGACGGAAACCUAAGCAGGUACAACAAAUUAAGGGCGAUCUCGCGUCAUCAUCCAUUUUCGAGGAUGAGGAAAUCGCUGGUCCGAAACCGAACCAGAUAGACAUUGCGGGCAAUGGAGAAGGGAAGGAGCAGCUCCUUGCGCGAGAUCCCAAAACGAUGGCAGCUGCGCUGGAUCCCGAUCCAGAGGGGCGACGACGAUGGGAGCGCAAGAUGGUGAUUAGGGAGAUUGUUAAACGGGGUCGACUGUCAAGGGCACAAAUGUUGAAGAGGCAGGAGAGAGAGCUGUUGUCUAAGAGUCACGAUUUUAAGACUUCGGUCAAGAAGCUUGUUCCUUUGGCGAAGCAGAUUACUGGCAAGACUCUCGAGGAAGCUAUCAUUCAGAUGCGAUUUUCAGCGAAAAAGGUUGCGGUGGAGGUUAAAGAACAUCUUGAGCAUGCCAAGAACGAGGCAAUUGUCAAGAGAGGUAUGGGUCUAGGCGGGAAGAAAGAUUUCAGUCCCGUCAAGAUUCAGACGAAGGAUGGGAAGCGUGUCAAUGUUGAUGAUCCGACCAGGCUGUAUGUUUCUCAGGCUUGGUGUGGCAAGGGUCGGUAUACAGAGGAGCCGGAUUAUCGAGCAAGAGGUCGGAUCAAUGUGAUGAAGAAUCGAACUACAAGUUUAACUGUCAUUUUGAAGGAAGAAGCUACCCGGGUUCGACUCCAUAACGAGCGGGAGGAGAAAGAGAAGAACAAGAAAGUCUGGGUGCAACUGCCGAAUCGACCUAUCACUGCUCAAAGGCAGUACUAUUCAUGGUAGAUGUAGAUAUGUUGAGAUGAGAUGGCAUCUGUACGGUUAUUUGUUUGUAUCAUAGAGGGUGCUCGGGUUCGUUAUACUAGACCAGUCCCCAAGCGUUUCUCUUACGUGCUCACCUACUUUUUGUUCCCCACACUUCACGACUUUUGCAAUAUCUGAAUCACCUUGCGGACCCGACUUGUGCCGGAAGGGUCUCGGUGCCCGAAGAAUAGGAUCCAAGGUUAGGGAUCCCAAAGUUAGAAGUGUCCUGGCCGUAUUAAUAUGGACUGGACUGAAUUAUAUAUAGUCUUUUCUUCUAUACUGCGAUAAUUUCAUCAUUUUAGUUUUGCCACAAAAAUCACACACC